AUGUUUUUAAGGAAAAAAUCAAACGGAGAAAACCGGCCUAUAUUCAACCUGAAGAGACUCAACGAUUAUGUCUUAGCCCCCAAGUUCCGCCUGAUAAAUCAGUUUCAAAUUCCCAGUCACAUACAGAGAAACGAUUAUAUGAUGAAGUUAGACAUAUCACAGGCGUAUUUUCAUGUUCCGGUCAGGGAAAGUCAUCGACGAUACUUGUCCCUGGUGUAUCAAAAUACAGUCUACGAAAUGACCUGCCUUCCUUUUGGCUUGGCGAGUGCACCCGCAGCUUUUGCCAAGAUAACAAACUGGGUCGCACAGCAAUUGAGAAUGAAAGGGUUACGAGUGAUCGUUUACUUGGACGAUUUUCUAAUCUUUCACGAAAACCAGUACACUCUGGAGAAGCAGGUGAUUGUUGCCAUAAAAUACCUAAAGAAUUUGGGAUGGCAGGUGAACCAAACCAAAUCAUCUACAAAACCUGUAACCCGAAUAGAAUACCUUGGAGUGACCUGGGACACGCGAAGGAACACGAAGAGCCUAUCCAAGGCGAAAGUUCUACAAUUGAGCAACAGCAUCAAGGAAUUACUAAGGAAAAACCGAUGGAGCUGGCACAGCGCCAAAGUAAUCCUCGGCAAGCUGAACUUCGCAUCAUUUGUGGUACCACUCGGGCGUCUUCACUGUCGCCUUAUACAGAAAGCGUCACAAAUACUACCUCGUACACAGCCACGUCGAAGAUUUUCAAUUCCACCAAUAGUAAUGACGGAAUUGAACUGGUGGUUGAAGAAUGUUCGCAUGGCGACGCCGAUUCACUAUCCAGAUCCGUCAAUUUUUAUUACAACAGACGCGGCAGACGUGGGUUGGGGCGCAAUUGUGAACAGUCGCCAUCUAUGGGGCGGAUGGAAUCAGUCGCAGAAAAAGUGGCACAGCAAUAUGAAGGAGCUUUGGACAGUCUUCGAAGUGCUCCAGCGCCUGGGAUACACCCUACAAGGAAAAACCAUCUUACUACAGUCAGACAACCGGACAAGUAUUGCGUACAUCAACAAACAAGGCGGCACGAGAUCAAACAAGCUACUCGAAGCAGCACAGAAAAUCCUUCACUACUGCGAACGUGUACAGUGCCACCUCAUAGCUCGCCACAUUCCUGGGCUGUACAACGGAAUAGCAGACGGAUUAUCGCGGGAAAAAGCUCUCCCAGAGUGGCAUCUGAGCAAACAGAUCUUAGACUGGAUAUUCCAAGAACUUGGCAAACCUGUAAUAGACCUGUUUGCUUCGAGGAGAUCAGCUGUUGUCUCGAUUUACGUCAGCGAAGAUGCCACAGACACACACAGUCACUUUACAGAUGCGUUCAGCAGGACGUGGCGAUACAAGUUGGGAUGGAUCUUCCCUCCGCCAGCACUCAUCCCUCGCGUAUUGAACCACCUGAAGACGUCACAGGGUCAAUACCUCGUAGUGGCUCCCAUCUGGGACAGAGCAUUCUGGAUUCCAGAACUCCAUCGCAUAUCGAAACCACCGCUUCUAAUUCCAAACCUUCAAGAGAACCUCAUCGAUCUCAGAACGAAUCGUCCACCGCCAGGAAUAGAACACUUGAAGUUAGGGGUCUGGAAGUCAUCAUGGAGGAAAUCCACUUUGCAGACCUACAAGCCUAUAUGGUCAAGAUGGUGCCAGUGGGCCAGUAAAAAUGACAUCCGCAUCGAUAAUCCUGACCCUGAAGAUGUUGCUAAGUAUCUGUGUUUCCUUUAUAGGGUUAUAAAGCUAGCUCCCAGAACAAUAGCAGUACACAAGUCAGUCGUUGCCAACUUUAGCAACCCCUCUCGCGCACAAGAACUUGCUUCACACCCUUUAGUUAGGCAAAUAAUCAAAGGCAUCUUUGCUGAUAAGCCUCCAAUCAAAAAACCCUUAUCUUGGCGAAUAGAAGAUUUAAUAAAUUUCCUUAAAAGGUAUGAACUAAAUCAGGAUAACCUUUUUGCUGUUUCAAGACAUACUUCUGUUUUGCUUCUGUUAGCUACCGGCAGAAGGGUUCAUGAUCUGACGCUCUUGACUCUAGAGAAGGAAAACUUUGAAGACAAAGGUGAUGAGUUAAUCUUCUGGCCUAAAUUUGGCUCAAAAACAGACACAACAUCUCACAGGCAAUCGGGAUGGCUGCUGAGAAAGACUCCUGAUGCUUCUGAAAGUCGAUUGGACCUUGUUAGUUGGCAGGAAGUUUCAGAGGCGCAGUUGCAACUAAUAGCUGGUCCAGCAACAGCAGCAUAG